AUAGAAUCUCCCGGUUUCCGAUGAAACAAUCACUCACGCUAUUCUUGCUUGCCAUCUCCAGUGAAGAGUUCUCCACCGAUGGGAGAUCUUCCCAAGGACCCGCUCUCUGCUCGCCGCCGGGCGACGGACUGCGAGGCAACGAAGCAAAGCUCAAGCAGCUUCUUUCUUUUUGUAUAAUUUUCAUCGAGGAACGAUCCACCGAAGCCAUAACUUAAUUUCCCUUUUCGACGGAAGCAGAAUCAAUCCACUCUUCUUUCCCUUUGACGAGACUGAAUAUUCUCCAUUUAAUACCCAUCGUAAUUAAAUUCUGGUCCCUCCCCCCCCCCCCCCCCCCCCCCCCCCACAGUUUACUUUUCCUCUUUUUCCCCGAAUUUUCUUUGUCUCCGUGUCAAAAGUUCCAAAUUGUUGCUGAGGAUAUUGGAGGCGGUGAAAUUGGUUUCUCUCCCCCAGCUUUUGACCGAUUCCGAAAUUGUCAAAAUGGCGGCUCUUCUGGUUCCCUUCGCAUUCCCUAUCCUGAGGUUCUAGCUAUACUCGGUUGGCAUUUGGGUAGGGGUGAUGGAAGAACCCGAGCGCGACCAACUAAAGCGGGCAUUGAUAGAUGUCACGGCUGGGGCAAUCUCUGGUGCAAUUUCGCGGACAGCGACUUCUCCGCUUGAUGUUAUUAAGAUCAGAUUUCAGGUUCAACGUGAACCAACUACUUCCUGGGCUUUACUUCACAAGGGCGUGCAUAUACCAUCAAAGUAUACUGGAAUGUUUCAAGCAACAAAGGACAUCUUUAGAGAGGAAGGCUUGCGGGGUUUUUGGCGUGGUAAUGUCCCGGCACUGCUCAUGGUUAUGCCAUAUACAUCCAUACAAUUCACUGUGUUGCAUAAAUUGAAAACAUAUGCUGCUGGUUCAUCAAAAUCAGAGGAUCACAUUCAUUUAAGUCCUUACCUUUCUUAUAUAAGUGGUGCAUUAGCCGGAUGUGCAGCUACUGUUGGAUCAUAUCCAUUUGAUCUUCUACGAACCAUCUUGGCUUCACAGGGUGAGCCAAAGGUGUAUCCAAACAUGAGAUCUGCAUUUGUGGAUAUCAUCCAGACUCGUGGAUUUAAAGGAAUUUAUUCUGGGUUAUCGCCGACACUGGUUGAGAUUGUUCCUUAUGCUGGCCUGCAGUUUGGAACAUACGAUACAUUCAAGCGGUGGGCAAUGGCCUGGAACCAGUAUAGAUCUUCUAAUGGAAGCUCAGCUGAUGAUUCCGUUUCAAGCUUCCAGCUUUUCAUCUGCGGGUUGGCAGCUGGGACAUGUGCCAAAGCUGUCUGUCAUCCCCUUGAUGUUGUCAAGAAGAGGUUUCAGAUUGAAGGACUACCAAGACAUCCAAAAUAUGGAGCUCGAGUUGAACGACUCGCUUACAGGAAUAUGUAUGAUGCAGUUCGCCAGAUUUUGCAAAUGGAGGGUUGGGCUGGCCUCUAUAAGGGCAUUGUCCCAUCAAUUGUCAAAGCUGCACCUGCUGGCGCCGUAACGUUUGUGGCUUAUGAAAUGACAUCAGAUUGGUUAGAGUCCAUCAUCACUUGAAUCUGAUUUUGGUUCUUUCAAGCGUUCUGGGUUUCCUUUCGUUAUUUUCCCUUUUGUACGUUAGAAAGCCCCCAUAGAAGGCAAACCCUUUUUGUGUUAGUCAGAGACAAGCCAAGUUUAAGUCAUUUACAAAAGGUCAAGAGGAGAAAAUUAAGGUAUGGAGGACAGUGGCUAAAAGAAGCUCCUGAAUGCACGGAAGGCUAUACCCUCGUUCGCAUGAGCUGGCUAUGGAAUGGUUAUCUCAAGUGGAAUUUUGCUGGUUGCUGUGAGAAGAACACUACCUGGACCAUGGAGCUUUUCAACUGUGCCACAGAGUGUACAACUGCGAGAAGAACUAGAUAGAUAUUAGUUUAGGUAUUGAAGAGUAAUCAAUUCAUAUUAAUUCAAAAAUCUCGUUUAAUAA